AUGGAUUUGAGAAACGAGGGACUGAGAGAAAUUCACGACAUUCUGCGGCCGCCAGCAAACAAGACACCCCUAGCACCGCCGGCGUCAUCGUCAACCACGAGUUCUAACACACCUUUGAAAGCGUCCUCAGAGUUUAUUCCACACAUAUUCUACGCAUUGAACCAGAUCACAAGAGACCCGAAUAACGUUUCCAACCACCUGGAGUCCUCCACUGGGUUUAUAAGACACAGACUGCGUACGUGCAAAGAACUCAUAGCGGAGAACAGCGAGUGCAUGGAACUGCUGAGCAGAACCCCGGAGGAGUGGGAACAAGAACUUGCCUUCAAAGAACAGGAACUCAGGAUAAAGGGUGCUCUUCUCGAGACACUCAGGGAAAGGAUUAAAAGUGCAUCCGUCGAAAAGGACGUGAAACCUAAAUCGGAGGAACCGAAAGAACCGAAGGAUGCCUGA